AUGUCUGUCCUUCUCGAGACCAGCUUGGGCGACAUCGUCAUUGACUUGCUCAUUGACUACGCGCCCAAGGAAUGCGAAAACUUCUUGAAACUUUGCAAGGUCAAAUACUACAACUUUUCGCCGGUUCACUCCGUCCAACCAAACUUUUCCUUUCAGACCGGCGAUCCCCUCGGCCCUACGUCCAAAGACUCGGAUGGCGGCACCUCGAUAUGGGGGCUUCUCUCGGGAAGCUCUUCCAAAGCGACCUAUCCGGCGACUUUUCACCCGAAACUCAAGCACCUCGAGCGCGGCACCGUCUCCAUGGCCACCGCACCGGUACCUUCCGAUCCCGACACGCGACUUGCUGGCAGCCAGUUCAUCGUGACGCUGGGAGACAAUACAGACUAUCUCGACAGCCGGGCCUCCAUUUUCGGCAAGGUGGUGGAGGGCUUUGACGUGCUGGAAAAAAUCAAUGGUGCCAUUACCGACAAGGAGGGCCACCCGCUAGUCGACAUACGAAUCAAGCACACGGUCGUCCUCGACGACCCGUACCCGGACCCGGCGGGCCUGCGCGAGCCGAGCGCGAGCCCGCCGCCGAGCAAGGCGCAGCUCGCUACCGUGCGCAUCGCCGAUGAUGCCGAUCUCGACGAGCAGGUGGACGAGGAGGCGGCGACCAAGAAGCGCCGCGAGGCAGAGGCGCGCGCCCAGGCCCUGACGCUGGAGAUGAUGGGCGACUUGCCGUUUGCCGAGGUCAAGCCCCCAGAAAAUGUCCUCUUUGUGUGCAAGCUGAAUCCCGUAACGCGCGACGAAGAUCUCGAGCUCAUAUUUUCUCGGUUUGGCAAGAUUCUCAGCUGCGAGGUCAUUCGGGACAAGAAGACGGGCGAUUCCUUGCAAUACGCGUUCAUCGAGUACGAGGAAAAGGGCGCGGCCGAGGCGGCUUAUUUUAAAAUGCAAGGAGUUCUCAUUGAUGACCGCAGGAUACAUGUCGACUUUUCCCAGAGCGUGAGCAAACUCAGUGAUGUCUGGCGCAGCAGCGAAAACGCGAAGAGGUCGCGCAAUGCUGGCAGCGGUGGUGGAUGGGGUGGUGUCGAGGGACUGGAAAAGUGGCGCAAGUAUCGGGUGGAUAGAGGCGAGAACGAAGACCGCAACGGAAAAUACGGCAUGGUCUACAACGAAGAGGAGAUGCGCCGCCGGCAUGCGUCACAGGCUGCCGCUUCCGGGUCCCAAGAUGACGGCGAUCGGGAGUCCCGGCAGCAGAGAGACAAUCGCUCUGGAGGAGGACGUGGCGGUGAGAGGCGCGACUGGGAUAAGAAGCCAAGCCGUCGGAGUCGUAGCCGAAGUCCUAGACGGGACAGGUAUUCUGAUCGGGACCGAUCGGGUCAGGAUGGCAGGCGAGACAGACCUCGCUUUGAUGAUCGUGACAGGCGAAAUCGGGAUAGGGACAGAGACAGAGGAUACGGUGAUCGACGAAGGUGA